UUUUCGUUGAAAAAAAUGCAUUCCAUUUCAAAUAUCGAUGAUCCUGUUGAUUAUCGAAAAAAUUUGAUAAAAUUUAUCGUUGAUAAAAUGUAUUCGACAAAAUGUAUUUUGUAUAAAAUAUGGCCAAAAAUUGUGAUGUCAAAUUUAAAAUGGAUUCGGCCACCAUCAUCAUCAUCCAUUUAUUCAUCAUUAUUGAUGUUAUUAUUUUUCUUAUUAUCAUUAUCAUCAAAUAUUGUCGAGUCAACUCCCAUGUUCCGAAAGGUUCCAAGUCCCAUCUAUUACAAACAACAAGGAUCGGAUCUUGAAUUAAAUUGCAUUACCGAACGUAUCGAUAAUGUGUCCUGUUUUUGGCUACGAAGUGGAAAAGUUGUUCCACCACAAUCGGGCAAAUAUGAUUAUUCACCAUUUUCAUCAUCGGGUGAUUGUAGUAUGACUAUAUCACGGCUUCAAUAUCCAGAUGAUAAUUCACAAUGGAAAUGUCAAGUAUAUCCGGAUAAAUCUGGACAAGAAUUGCCAACAACUGAUGUGAUUGUUAUGGUUCGACCUCAUCAACCUAACAUUACAUUCGAUAAUUUCACCGAUUCGCCUAUCGCUGAUCAAGUGACAAGCAUUUCUUGUCAAUCGACAAAUGGUAAUCCAUUGCCACGUCUUGAAUGGUAUUUGGAUGAUAUGAACAUUACCCAAUAUGCAAAAGAAAUUGUAAAAGAUCGUACAAUCAAAUCUACAUUACGUUAUGUAUUCACUAAAAAAGAUAAAGGCAGUCAACUACAAUGCUUAUCAUUUCAUCCAACUGGUCAACAGGUUUCAUCGAAAGUUAUGAAUGUACAAUAUAAACCAUACGUAACGGUAAAGGAGAAAACGUAUACUGCAUACGAAGGUAAAGAUUUAGAAAUCGAAUGCCAUGUUGAAGCCAAUCCGGAAGCAAAUAUCUAUUGGAAGCCUCGAUCGGAAAAAAUCAACGAAACCAAAUAUAAAGUAAUGAGCAAUAAAUUAUUAUUACGAAACAUUGAUUAUACAUUUGAUGGCGAAGAAUUUCAAUGUUCAGCUCAAAAUGCUAUUGGACCAUCAAAAACUGAAUCUGUUAAAUUGAAUGUUUUAUAUCCACCCCGAUUGGUGAACAUUGAUUUUCCUCGUAAAAAUAUAACCGUUGGUGAUGACAUGCAAUUCGAGUGUACUUUUGUUGGCAAUCCUCCACCGAAAAUUCGUUGGUGUUUCACCGAUGCCAUACGUAAUAAUCUUUAUUAUCCAAAAGCAUCGGAUGAUAAUCCUGGUGUUUUGAUAAUCAAAAAUGUCACUUAUCUGAAUGAAGGAUCAUAUUAUUGUCAAGGCAUUAAUUACAAUUGGAUUCUGAACAAGGAAAACAUGGUGCCAAGUAGUCAGUUUGCAGUCAAUAUUGUCGGUCGUCCAUUGUUUAUCAAAGAUAAGAGAACUGUCAUCGGAUAUCGCGGUCUGGAUACCAAAAUUGAACAAAGUUUUUGCAGUGAUCCAUCACCCAAUCAAGUUUAUUGGAUUUAUGGUUCGAAUCGUAUCCCGGUUGAUCUUGAAGUGGGCAAAGAAGAUUCAAUUCGUCCACAUAAUCAAUUGGAUCAUUUUCAUAUCCGAACAGGACGUUUAAUCAAAAUUGAUUCCUUAUCACCGAAUCCUACUUGUUUUCGUGUGGCCUUAAUGGUAGCCAAUACUGGCACUGAAGACAUUCGUGAUUAUUCGCUCGUUGUACAUAACAAAUAUGGCAAGAGUGUGGGCAUCGUUACGCUUCAGGUCAACUCUCCGUUAUCCAUUGCAGCAGUGAUUGCAUUCUCAUUAAUAUUAUUAGUCAUCAUAUUGGCCAUUACUAUUGGUAUCAUUUUGUUACGAAGAAAACCAUCUCAAUCAUCAUCAGGCUCAUCAACGAUAUCAUCAACAUCUUCUACAAAUAAACAACGGAUUGAUGAUCAUCAUCCUGUUGAAGUUGUCGACAACAAAUAUGAAGUUCAAGUGCCAAACAAUGAUUCAUAUGGCGAUGGCAAUAAUAGUCUUAAAAAACAUGGCAGCAAGAAAACGAAUGGCCAUUAAACCAAUUGCAUAGAUAACAAUAUCAUCAUCAUCUUCAUUCGUUUGAGCUUCCUAUCUAUUCAUUUGUUUAUUCAUCACAUUCAUCGACUGCUUCAAUCCAAAAGAGAAGACCAUUUUUUCUAUUAUUAUCAUGUCCAUCCAUAUG